AUGAACUUACCUACUCGCAAGGCUGCAAAGGCCAUCUUGGUGGCCCGCGAGUUGUACAGGAGCGUAGAUCUUGCUCUUCUCGAGGCCUCAGGAAACCUAGCUCCCGCAAGAUCCUUGAGGUUUAAGAAGGUUCGGCGGUUUCUGAGUUGGACAAGCAAGUUUUGCGCGCGUCGGUUCUACACGUUGGGCACGUUGACACUAGCUGUGCGACUAUUGGUCACAAAGCACGGCGUUGUUCCUCCGCUGGCUGGUAAUUUCGACAUCAAUUCGUGGGUGACGGACCAGUCCAAAGUAUUGCAUAAGCUUAUCCGAAGAUCUGUUAAGAACAGUUGGGAGCGCGCGAACCGUGCUGCCAUGGCCUUGAAUCCGGAUGAGCUGGAGACGCAAGUUCAGGCUUGGGGUGCGGAUGAGCUGGAGAUGCCAGUUCAGGUCGGUAAAGCUUAA